UAUAGCACAGUACUGUCUAGCUCAUUUAGUGCUUCAGACGUGAAUGUCCCUUCUUUAUCCUUUUCUAAUUGGUUUUUUCCUCAUUAUGAUAUAUAUCAUCUAUUUACAUGUGGAAAAGUUAUGCGUUGGCUUAAAAAUUCGCUUCAAUUUUGGUUAAUUUGGUUAUUACCGAAAUCAAACUGAAGUUAAAUGGUUAUUACCGAAAACCGAAAUGUAUCUAUAAUUCUAUACAUAAAAUCAUAUAAGCCGAAGUAUAAAACCUCUAUGAACCAUAAACCGAACCGGAUCAAACCGAAUGCACACCCUGACAUGCUAGUAUUGCUAAAAAUUUGAGAAAGUAGGGAUGCUAAUGUUGCAUCACAUAAUUAUUCAAAGUUUACUUGUUAGUUGUUGAUGUCGAUCGUGUGGACCGACAUGUUGCCCUCGGUUCAUUGUAAGUUUGUAACCCCCUCCGAGGUCUCCAGUUUUCUGUAGGAAUAAAAAAAACAAGCAAAAAUCAAAGAAAGGCAAAAGGAAAAAAAAAUGUUGCAUGAAGUGGGCUACUGGCAUAUUUGGGCCUUUCACUGGGCAUCAGGUCCCAGACCCAAGCUGACCCCGUCUCUGCCCACUCCUCCUCAGCGGCGACAAGGUGACACAACCAAUCAAGGCCGGCCGCCGCCAUGGCUUCGCCGGAGACCAGUAGCCGGCGGCGGCAGCUAGGACCUCCACCUCCUUCCGCUGUCUCUCGCCGCAGGCGGUUCGACUCCGUAAGUGGCACGCAUCUCCCUCCAAGCCCCUUUCUCCCCUUCUCGGCCGGUCCUGUCCUGUCAUCCCGUGGACACAAAUGCGUUGCUGGAUGCGUUCGCGCGUAGGCGAGGAGGCUGUCGUAGAUUACUCCCCCUGCAACAUUUGGGAAGAAACAUUUGUGAAAGGCGAGGUGGCUGUUGUAGAUUAACCCUACUGUUCUGAACUUCUGGUUGUGAUGUUUCACCCAGUCAAAUCUCACAAGUACGCCUCUCUGCUCAAAACGCUAGAUACUCGAGUCGAGCCGCAAGCAACAACGCAAACAUCUCGAUCAAAUUAUGGCCGCUUCACCUCACCUUCUUAUCUCACACUGUUUUUUAGGAGUACUAGUUACUACUGCAAAUGCAAGUACCUCUGAAGACUACAAGAUUUGUGUGUCAUUUGCAGGUGGCUUUGUGCUCUGCGGAACAGCAAGAGCCAAGAGGUAAACCAGAAAAGUGGGAAAGGGAUAAGGAAACCAUCUCAGCGAGAAAAGCCAAUGCCUUAUUCGGUAACCUUUGAUCAGCUCGCCGCUGCCGGUGCCCGAUACCUUGCCUACUAAUUCCUUUCCUUGUUGUUCACCAAAGGGCCUGCUUUGGGAGGACAGCAAGCAUAUGUAUACAUGCCUUGCUUCACCCCAGAAAAACAGAAUGCGUGUGCCCUGAGAUGCCUUGCCUCCUUCUUGAUCAUUGCUAGUUUGUUUGCACCAACAUAGGUCCAGCAGGGCAAAGUAUCAUCUCACUGAUGCCAAUACCACGUAAUGGAUGACCCCAUUCAUAGUUUCUGCUUGCAACGGCCUGCAUCACCGGGUCUAUAAAUACCUCCCUAUCCUCUUCACCCAAACAUCGACAACACCUGCGCCUGCAAUCAUCUGGCUGGUCUUGUGUUUCACCAAUCUCUGCCUCCCUGCUCUCUCGCUCGCAACUGCAAUCAUCUGCUAUUGUUCUGCUAAUCUCCUUCUCGCCCUUGAUUUCAGCAUGGAGGUGGCCGCAGGCGCGGCACGAUGGGUGGUGGGCAAGGCGCUGGGCCCUGUCGCCGAUGGCUUGCUGGAGGCAUGGGCUGCGAGCAAGGAGCUAGGCCCUAACGUUGACGCGCUAAAGAUGGAGCUGCUCUACGUGCAGGGGAUGCUCAACAACACCCGCGGCCAAGACAUCGACAACCCUGCACUCAACGUGCUACUGCAGAAGCUGCGGGACCUCGCGUACAAUGCCGAGGAUGUGUUGGACGAGCUCGACUACUUCCGCAUCCAGGACCAGCUGGAGGGUACUUACGAGGCUGCCGACGAGCACGCCAAGGGAUGCAUGUGCAACCUCUACCUCAACGCUCAUCACACCGCUAGAGCUGCUGGCAAACUGCUCUGCUUCUGUCCAAGCGAGCAAAGAGAAGAAGAUACAAGACAACAAGUACUCUGCUGCGCUUGGCCAUGCGCCAAGCAUCGGAGUGCACGACGAAACAUCUCGUCAGCGCGAGCGCGACACAACCACCAGGCCAACGAAGUGGUCAGCGGAUGCAUGCGUAAGCUUGCUUCCGUUGCUUGCAACAGCAUUCGUCAUGUCGGUAAACUACUCCAUUGCUCAUCCCUCCCAAACCAUGAUGAUGAUAGUUCUUUCAUGCCAAUCAAUUGUGGUGCCUGCAAGCACAAGGUAUCCCAGAAAAAGCAUGUGAAAGAAACUCCAAAACUAGAGUUCGAUAGGGUGGAUCUGUCUACAAGAAUGAGGCUUAUAGCAGAGCAACUGCAGCCCGUGUGUGCAAAGGUUGCAACCAUUCUUAAUCUAGAGUUGUUGGGUUCUAGCCCUACUACUUCCUCAAGAAUUGCCAAGAGUCCUCCCACCACUACCUCCGACAUUAUAGAAUCAACAUUGUACGGGAGGGACGCUGUAAAGAAGAGAAUCAUAGAUAGUAUCACUCAUGACAAAUAUAGUGCAAAGGACCUAACCGUCUUGCCAAUUGUUGGUCCGGGUGGCAUGGGGAAGACAACUCUCGUACAACACAUAUAUCACAGCCAAGAAGUGCAAAAACAUUUUCAGGUCAAGGUAUGGACAUGUGUGUCUCAGAAUUUCACUGUUAGUAAGCUACUUGAAGAGAUUGAAAAUGCUAUACCUAGUGUGAAAGAUGAAAAAAAGGGUAGAACAGGAGACUUGAUUGAACAAAGAUUAUUUUCUAAAAGGUUUUUGUUUGUAUUAGAUGAUAUUUGGAAGUGUGAUCCUGAGGACUGGAAAAGGCUUUUAGUACCACUCACAAAAGGACAAGCAAAGGGUAACAUAAUUCUAGUUACAACUCGGUUUCCAGCCAUAGCAGAAAUGGUUAAAACAACAGAUAGUUCUGUAGAUCUUGAGGGCAUACAACACGGAGAGUUUAGGAAAAAAUUUCGAGCAUGCAUAUUUGGCGAUGAGAAAUCACAAAAAGAUCAUGAUGGAUUACUUGAGAUUGGAGAUAAGAUAGCAGAAAAGCUAAAGGGGUCCCCUCUUGGAGCAAAAACUGUAGGUAGAUUAUUGAGGAACCACCUUGAUGCACAUCAUUGGACAAGAGUCCUAGAAAGUAGAGAAUGGGAAAUGCAGACCGGUGAGCGUGACAUUAUGCCUGCACUUAAACUUAGCUAUGAUUAUCUGCCUUAUCAUCUGCAGCAAUGUUUUUCUUGUUGUGCUUUGUUUCCUGAAGAUUACAAGUUUAGCAAUGAAGAACUUAUCCAUUUCUGGAUAGGACUAGAUAUUUUACAUCCUGAUGGUCGAAAUAAAACAGUGGAAGAUGUGGGUUUGGACAAUUUAAAUGAUUUGGUGAACAGUGGUUUUUUCAAAAAAGAUGAAACUGACGGGCAUCCAUAUUAUAUCAUCCAUGACCUGUUGCAUGAUUUAGCUUUGAAGGUUGCAUCUCAUGAAUAUCUUAGUUUGCAUAACUCUAAUAUGAGAUCAGUAGAAAUUCAGCCAUCUAUACGUCACCUGUCAAUCAUAAUAGACGGGCCCUAUGAUAUUAAUGGAAUAACUGAUGAAAACUUUAAGAGAAGGUCAACCUCUUUAUAUGUUACAAUGGAUGAUACAAAUGCAGAAGAUGAGCAGCAGCAAAUAGCAGACAUGGAGGAGGCAAACACGGUGGAUGAUGAUGGGCUGUUGCUCCUCCCUGCACAUCUCUCCAACUCUCUGCAGGCAUUGGACAUCGACAAUCGUGGUCUGGUAGUUCAUUCCCUCAAUGCCCUCCAAGCCCUAACUACCCUUGUGUUAGAAGGUUGCUCUUUUGGCCACCCUUUCCCGUCCUCCUUGGUAGACCUGAAACUUUGGUUCAUGAAGGGUAUGCAGACGAUGGAGGCCUUUUCAAACCUCACCUCUCUCACCCGAUUAGAAAUAUAUCGUUGCGGAGAGGAUUUAAGAUACGAGGGCCUGUUGCCUCUCCUUACUCGGGGCCACCUCAACAAGUUAGAUGUCCGAAAAAGCCUCAAUUUCUUUGGUGGAUGGGAUCCCAUGCAGGGGAUGCAGGACGAGCAAGAUAAGAGGACAGAAUCCAAACUGAAGUAUCUCGAGACAGAUGACAUGGAGGGCUUCCUCGGUGCGCCCACCCUCUGUAGCCUCCUUUCUUCCUCCCUCACUGACUUGUGCUUUAAUGGGAGCGAUGAGACCGGACGCUUAACAAAGGAGCAGGAGGAGGCCUUUCAACGCCUCACCUCGCUCCAGCGACUCGAGUUUUGGUAUUGCAACAAGCUGGAACACCUCCCUGCAGGGCUAAACAAGCGGACCAACCUCAAGAGAUUACAGAUCUGGAAGUGUCCAGCCCUCCGGUCGCUGCCCAAGGGUGGCCUCCCGAGUUCACUGUGA